AUGUCAAAUAUCAACGUCAUCGAGAAUGCCGAGGCAUCCCUAAUUCUCUCUCAACUGCGCGAUCUAUCCUUGACUUCAGCAGCUGUCCGCCGCUUGGUAAAAGAAUUGACAGCCAAUUUAACCAAGCAUGUCUUGAAAACUCCUGCGCCCGACGAAAAAGUCGCUGUAAUUGUCGUUUUGCGUUCUGGAUUGGCAAUGGCCGAUCCUUUUCUCGCAGCUUUCCCGGACGAUGCAGACACAGCAACAUAUCACCUUGGUCUAUUCCGUGAGAAGGAAUCUUUGCGUCCCGUCGAAUACUAUAAUAAGCUUCCUGCGAAGAGUCCAAAAAUCAAGCGCGCAUAUAUUCUUGAUCCGCUUGUAGCUACCGGUGGAACUGCAAAGGCGGCGAUCGAUAUUUUAAAGGACUGGGGUGUGGAGCAUAUCACUUUGUUUGCGUUAUUGGGUAGUGAACAGGGUCUGAAGAAGGUCGCUGGCGUGUGGCCAGAGCAUACAGACGUGUUUGUUGGAGCGAUUGAUAAGGACCUUGAUGAUAAGGGAUAUGUGAAACCGGGCGUUGGAGAUAUUGGAGAUCGUUUGUUUGGAACUAGCCUGGGCUGA